CCUAAAUCGGAUUACACACAGUGAACAGCUCCACGGUGCUGAAACCUUUCGGCACACUAGAAGACUAAACACGCACGCGCGCACACACACAACAUGGAGGCCAGAGCUAGAGGAAUCCACUGGAAACUUUUUGCACUUUAUUGCUUGUUGGUUAAUGCCUUUGCCCAAGAUUUCGGUCCGACGCAGUUUAUCUGCACGUCCGUGCCCAAAGACGUGGACAUUUGCACGGCCACGCUGCAGAACAGUGUGCCCGGUGAGGAGCUUAGAGCCACAGUCAUGCAACUCAGGGAGACGGUGCUCCAGCAGAAGGAAACCAUCGUAUACCAGAAGGAGACCAUCAGAGAGCUCACGGCUAAACUGGCGCGCUGUGAGAGUCAGCGCGCACCCGAGGCUGGAGGAGGAGGAAGGCGGAAGGAAACGGGUUCUAAAAACACCAUGGGGGAUGUGUCGAGGGGUCCUAGUGAGACACUCGCACAACUCUCGCAGACUUUGCAGAAUCUAAAGCAAAGACUAGAAAACCUGGAGCAAUUCAGCCGAAGUAACGGCUCGGCACCAGCAAACAGUUUAAAGGAUCUGCUGCAGAGCAAAAUUGACGACCUAGAGCGCCAGGUCCUGGCCCGCGUCAACGCCGUGGAGGAAGAAGGCAGACCGGCCGCGCGCAACGAGAGCGCGCAGCGCGGGCAAGUCGAGGCUACGCUUACAUCUCUGCACCAGCGCCUCAGCGACCUGGAGAAAGGUCAAAAGGAAUCCAGACCACUGGACAAAUUUCAGUUGACAUUCCCCCUGAGGACCAAUUACAUGUAUGCUAAAGUGAAAAAGAGCCUGCCGGAGAUGUAUGCCUUCACCGUGUGUAUGUGGAUUAAAUCUAAUGCAUCGCCUGGAGUGGGAACACCAUUCUCAUAUGCAGUCCCUGGUCAGGCCAAUGAGUUAGUUCUUAUUGAGUGGGGAAACAAUCCAAUGGAGAUCCUUGUUAAUGACAAGGUUGCAAAGCUGCCUUUUCUCAUUAAUGAUGGAAAAUGGCAUCACAUCUGUGUUACGUGGACGACACGUGAUGGAGUGUGGGAUGCUUUCCAAGAUGGCGUGUUGAGAGGAAGCGGGGAGAAUCUGGCACCAUAUCAUCCAAUUAAACCACAAGGCAUGCUUAUAUUAGGACAAGAACAGGACACGCUUGGCGGUGGGUUUGAUGCUACUCAGGCAUUUGUGGGCGACAUGGCAAAUUUUAACAUCUGGGACCGAAAACUGACUGUAGUAGAGAUUUAUAAUCUGGCAACAUGCAGCAGCAAAGCACAAGUGGGUAAUGUUUUCUCCUGGCUGGAGUCCAGCAUUGAGAUCUAUGGUGGAGUAUCAAAAUGGACAUUUGAAGCUUGCCACCAACUGAACUGAGCAAUAUGGGAAUUAUAACGCUAACAAGAAAUCUCGUUCAUCAUCAUAUAUCAUUUAAAAGCUAAGGAGAUGACCAUGGCAAAAAAAUAUCACCUGGAUUUUUUUUUCUUAUUGUUGAAAAUUCUUGUGAACAUUUGAGAAUUUUUUUUUGUCUGUGAAAAGAAAUACUUACCCAAUUUUUUUUUUUUUUUUUUUGGAUUUCGAAACCGGAGACACACUUGAAACGGUUUGUAUUUAAAUUUUUUAAAUACCUGACAACUUUGCAUUAUUUCCUACAUUUUUCCUGAUCUUCUGGGCAAGUGCUGUCUUAUUGAACAGUUACUUAAAACAAAUUGGCAAAGGUGUCUGAUUCUUAUUAUAUGAUUUAUAAUUAGUGCACAAAGCCAGGUAGAUUUGCAUUAAAUUUUUGAUGUCACAUUACCUACUUUUCCAUACAAGAAUAGCACUGGCAUUUUUCACUGUGAACAGUAAAGGGGAUCUAAAGUAAAAAAAAGAA